AUCGAGCCUCAUGGGGGAUACAUCCUCUCCCCCUGGAGCUAAAGUCCUGUCUCUGUGGGAACCGCCUGAUAGCAGGUAGACUUUGCCCUGAGGGGGAACUAACACUACAGGAAGAGCAGCAGGACAGACUCCUGGCCGUCACAGACGAGGUCUUCUCCGUCAGUUUGUGUGCCUCAGCUGAAGACGGACGAUGGACCGCACUCAGGACCGCAGCGGGGACGGAUAUGGCCCUCGCCCUCCUCCGUACAGCCCUCAGGACUGUGCGAGCCAGCCGUACACGGGGAUGAGCUACCAGGUGGGGAAGGGGAACGUCGCGGUGGUCUCCCCUCCUGCCACCUAUGACAACAUGGUCCACCCCGAGGAGGCGGCAGCGGCGGGAGGCAGCGAGCAGUACGGCCAGGCUCCCCCUGACUACUCCCGGGGCUUGGAGGACAACUGCUUCAGUGACGCCGCCGUACGACGAGGUUUCAUAAGGAAAGUCUACUUGACCUUGAUGAUUCAGCUCCUGGUGACUAUUGGGAUCAUCUGCGCUUUUCUUUACUGGGACACUCUCCGGAGAUGGACAUGGGAAAACUACUGGUUCUCCUACACCAUGAUGGUGGUGGUGUUUGUGCUCAUCUUGGUCCUGUCCUGCUGCGACAACAUCCGUCGUCGAGUCCCCCUCAAUUUCAUCACCCUGGGCCUGUUUACUAUAGCGGAGGGCCUGAUGCUCGGCUCUGUGUCGGCGUACUAUGACGCUGAAGCAGUUCUGUGGGCUGUGGGGGCGACGGCGCUUGUGUCCUUCGCCUUGACUCUGUUCGCCAUGCAGUCAAAGUGGGACUUCACCGCAAAAAGUGGGAGCCUGUGGGUGUUUGCCUGGACCCUCUUCUCGUUUGCACUGCUUUGUGCAAUUCUCCGAUCGCAGUAUGCUUAUAUCCUGUACGCCUGCCUGGGAACCUUGCUGUUUUCUCUAUAUUUGGUGUUCGAUACCCAGCUCAUCCUGGGUGGAAAACACAGGAAGUAUGAGAUCUCCCCCGAGGAAUAUGUGUUCGCCGCUCUCAACCUUUAUUUGGACAUUGUCACCCUGUUCCUCCUCCUGCUGCAGCUCAUCGGCCUCUGCCGCUAACACUAAGCACUGAUGACAGGCCCACCUACAGAAAGACUGAAACGCCUCUGACACACAAUAUCAAACAGUUUAGUGCAUCAUGUAUCUCGAUUCUCCACACACUGAUUAGUACUCAGGAUGUCAUAUUUAAAUAAUUAGAGACGACUGUGAUGUGUCCAAAAGACAGCUUUGUUUUUAUUGUCAAACAUCAGGGUGAAUUUUGUUAUGAACUGUGAUUUGCUGUGUGCUAAAUGUUUUGAGGGAUGCUCAAUAUGAGAUUUUCGCACUGUAUUUGCAUGUGUUUCUCCCUAAAAUUAUGUGCUGAAUAGAUGGUUCUAUAAAUACGCUGCUUUAGCUUUACAUUACUGUUAGUUUUAGUCUUGAACUGAACUUAAACUCAAAGAGACAGUUUACACCAAAAUCAAAAACAUAUUUUUCUUCUUAUCCGCACUGCUGUUCGUCCAUCUAGGCUGUUUCAGAGUGAGUUUUAUAGAUAUCGGCCGUCGAGAUGUUUGUAUUUGCUGAAUAUAACAGAACUAGAUGGCAUUCAGCUUGUGAUGCUCAAAGCGCCAAAAAUACUCAAACAAAAACUCAACAGCAAUGUCUCUUUCCAAAAAUUAUGACCCAGUUGCUCAAGAUAAUCUACAGACUGUGAACAGUUUCAUGUUGGAGCUAUUUUCUUUCUAACUGAACUAAACUUGCAAACUGCAUCAGUCCUUAGUUAGACUCUAUUUUUUUGGGUGAACUGUCCCUUCAUCUUGUGAUUUGUGCCACAUUUAAAAGUUGUAACACUCUUGCUGUUGGUAAAAUUACAUCCUCUGUCCUACAGUUUAAAGGAAGCCUGAAGGAGGCUUUUGCAAAACUAGAUUCCAGAAACCAAACAUAACUCAAGUAAAAGACAGAAUCUGUCAGCCUUUGCACUCCCAGGGAACCAGGCAUGGUAUCUUUGCUCAGAACGUGGGUGUCUCAGUGGGCAAUGAAAAACAACACAUUAAAACUCAACACAUAGUUUAUUGGCAUCACACGUCAAACAUGUUUCAUAUAAAGAGGGAAUGUAUCAAGUAUAGACUAUGAAAGUGCAAAUAGCAUUUCAAGGAUUAGUUGCUUUACAAUAGAAAAUCUCAAUGAGUUAAAAAAAAUGUUAUAUGCCGUUUUAAAAUAAAUCACCUGGACAUCAGAGGUGAAAUACAAAGGAAGUACAAACUCCAUUUAGACUUCUACCCAUUUCAUGCACAGCAAACUGUAACGCAAAAGAGGGAAACACAUCUCAUGUCCUCUGUUCAACCCACUUCACAUUAACCAAUCCACUAACCAUAUGGCACUCACAGUUUCACAACUUCAAGACACUUUUCAAAGCAAUCACUAUCUUUAGGUUAACGUGGUUCUACAUGUCUGCUAGGAAAAAAACGGAAUUAAUUUCUGUCAGACAUUCGUCUGCACGAAAACAUUUAGUCUUAAUCGUAAAACACAAAUCAAUGUGUUUCACUUCAAACUGAUUAUUCACAAUCCAUUUUCUUUAAUGGAUCUGAUCUAUUUCAAAUAAAUACCUACUUUAUAUUGCAACUUUCCUCCAUUUUAGUGUCUUCAGGUAAGGUACUUGAUACACAUAUAGUAGGUCAACUCGUUCCAAAGUCAAUAUAGUGAUUUUAGUUUCUAAACCACAGAAAGAAUCAGCUGUGUAGGGCAUAAAGCCACUCUGCACAUAGAAAUAAAACCUUUUUUUUUCUAAAUAUUUGGGGAUCAAGAGCACGACAUUAACCGUCAUCCGUUUUGCCAAAUCAUAGCAAAUCAGUAUUAACCUUUAACAUAGCACUACCAGAACCAACUGAAAGCCUCAUGCUACAAACAUUUUGAUGGAGAAAAUAAAAUCAAGAUCUCAUGUUUGCACACAUUAUGAGAGAAAAAACUUUAAGGUAACAGGUGUUUGUUUUGUUUACACUAUAAAUACUGUGUAAUUAGCACUCAGAAAAAAUGUGUGAAAAAGAAUAAAAUAACGGCGAUCGACAUAAAGGCACUGUAUCUCUAACUGUGUAGAGAACUGUUUCAAACACAUGGGCUCCCCAUGUGUUUGAGAUGCAACACACAUUCAUGAAUUCUCCAUGCAUUAUAUACCCUGCAGCCCGGGACAUCUGCAGAGCUCCAAGAAGGCUUUGCUUAUAUUACACUUGAACAGAACCCAGAGAUAAAUUACAGUGACUUGGGCUGGAUUAAUGAAUUCACCAAAGUCUGAAUGUGAUUGCCUGAUCAUUUCUCUCACUUGGCCUUCCCCGCAGUGUAUAAACACGACUACUCCCUGUCUACAUCAUCUGUCAAGCUCCAUAUUUAGCUGCAGUACUCAAACAUUACUUUAAGGGAGCUACAAUGGAAUUCAGAAUAAACUGAACUGAAGGACACUGAGCAGCCCCUCUGGGCCUGUCAGCGUUUCUCUUUUGUACAGAUCAGACAGUGUUUCCCAUUGAAAGUGUGUUUGGAUCGAGGCUUUGAGAUGAAUAAGCAUUGUCAACUCAAAUCUGAAAUGUUUUCCAGCAGGCCACCAACUUUUCAUUUGAAUGAUUUAUCUCAACUGUUUUGUGUGAAUGUUUCACAUAAUAAAGUUGACAACCAUUA